CACUCGCUGCUUUUGAUUUCGACUGUGAUUCCGCCUCCGUUAGUUCUAUGGAACUGAGAAUGCUCGUAAUUUAAUUAAGGGCAUUAUAUGGAUUGAAUGAAUGCAACAAGCUUUCGAAAUAUGCAAAAAGUGUGUAAAAAGCCGUACAUACUGUUCGGCAUUGUGUGUAUCAUACUCAGCCGGGCCACUGGAGGAAUCUCACAGAAGCAUUACACACGUACACGUAAAUUGGAGCUGCGAGAGGAUGUGCGUCGCAUGUUCCAGCAUGCAUACGAUGGAUACUUGAAACAUGCCGCCAACUAUGACGAACUGCGUCCUCUCACCUGCGAUGGCCACGACACAUGGGGCAGCUACUCGCUGACGCUCAUUGAUGCCCUCGACACGCUCGCCACAAUGGGCAAUUUCACCGAGUUUCGUCGUGUGCACGCACUGCUUAUCGAGAAGAUGCAUUUCAACAAGGACAUCAACGUGUCCGUGUUCGAGACGAAUAUACGGAUUGUGGGCGGCCUGCUGUCGGCACAUCUUCUGUCACGUCGUGCUGGCGUUGACCUGGAGCCGGGCUGGCCCUGCAAUGGUCCACUGUUGCGCAUGGCCGAGGAUGUUGCUCGACGUCUGUUGCCGGCAUUUGAUACGAGCACGGGCAUGCCGUACGGCACGGUCAACUUGCGUUACGGCGUGCCCAAUGGCGAGACAUCGAUCACGUGCACAGCCGGAGUGGGCACCUUUCUCAUUGAGUUUGGCACACUGAGCCGGCUAACCGGUAAUAGCAUUUAUGAAGAGGUCGCCCUGCAGGCCAUCUAUGCACUCUGGGAGCGACGCUCCUCCAUUGGACUCUUCGGCAAUCACAUUGAUGUGCAGAGCGGACGUUGGACGGCCCUGGACUCGGGCAUCGGCGCUGGCGUCGACUCCCUGUUCGAGUAUCUGGUGAAGGGUGCCAUUCUCUUGAAUCGCCCGGAAUUGCUGGAACUGUUCGCCGAGGCUCGGGCGCCAAUUGACAAGUAUAUGCGGAAAGAUGAUUGGUACGUCUGGGUGGGCAUGAACAAGGGACAUGUGACGCUGCCCGUAUUCCAAUCCCUCGAGUCCUUCUGGCCGGGCAUACUGAGCAUUGUGGGUGACACUGAGCCCGCCAUGCGCACCAUGACACGCUACAUUAGCGUGUGGAGGAAGUACGGAUUUCUGCCCGAAUUCUUCAACAUUCCCGCCGGCGAAGCAUCGCCCAAUCGUGAGGUUUAUCCCCUGCGACCGGAGCUCAUCGAGUCGGCCAUGUAUCUGUAUCGGGCCACAAAGAAUGAAUACCUGCUCGAGCUGGGAGAGCACAUGCUGGAGACCAUUGAGUUUAGUGCCAAAACCAAGUGUGGAUAUGCGACGAUACGAAAUGUGGUGACGCAUGAGAAGGAAAAUCGGAUGGAAUCCUUUUUUCUGGCCGAGACAACAAAAUACCUUUAUCUGCUCUUCGACGAGGACAAUUUCCUGCACAACGAAGGCGAAGACAGGCACGGAGAACUGCUCGACACGGAGGAGAAUGUGUGCGUUGUCCAAGCUGGCGCUUAUAUCUUCAACACUGAAGCACAUCCCAUGGAUAUGUCAGCGCUGCACUGUUGUCACAACAUGAAGGAGGACAUCUUCACCAUGCUGGAUCUGCCGAGCUUUAGCGCCAAGGCGAUCUUCGAGAGAAGCAGCCAACAGCGUGUGUCGGCCCAGGAGAACUGGAAGCCGCAGUGUCAGUCAAACAAAGGCAACUCCAACUAUGACAUAAACUCGGCAAAUGCAAUUGAAAGGGACAAGGACAAGGAUAGGGAUAGGGAUACGCCCAGCACAACAAUGGCCGUGGACAUUGAGGUAUUCGAUGAGUUCCAACAGCCAGCUGCCGAUGUCCUGGUGGGGAACUUUGAGCGCAUACGAGAGGAGCGGGAAUUGAAUCGAUCCCUGCAGGACAGCACAGUGCCCCGGAAUCAGUUGACGGUCAGCGAUAUUGAUGAUUUCUAUCAGCAGAGUCGAGAGGGCUUCAUCAGUGCCGAGCACACGUUGAGCUAUGUGCUCAGCUUUAUGAGUAACUUCACCAUGGACGUGGCCUUCAUACGCGGCUUGCAACUGUACGAUGUGAACAUCAGCAGUGUCCUGGGCACAGCGGCCCAGAAGGAGUACGAGGGACGCAUGCGUUCCCUGUGGCAACUCUUUGAGCUGGAGCAACAGUUUGCCAUUAACAUGCGGCUAAUAAAGCGUUUAGGCCUGCUCAAUAACCAGGCCGACAGCGAUGCAAUGCGUCGUUAUUUGGCCGAUAUACUCCAUAGCCUGGACAGUCUCAAUUAUCCGUAUCAUGGCGACAACGAGACUGUUAAUCCGUAUACAGAUGGCAUUGCGGAUUUGAGCCAGAAUCUACGCGAUGACAGUCUAAUACAUAAGGCCAUCUUUGAAGCAAUCUUGGACUACGAGUUCGCCAUGCUGAACACAACGGCAAUGCAGGAGUUUGUGCAUCGUGUCUACAUUAUGGGCACCACAGAGACGCAGACGUUGCAAUUGAAGCCGCUGCUCACAGCCGCCGAGCUGGACACCUUGGAAAUGGUCGAACUGGAGCCGCACGAGCAGCGGGAACUCUUCAAGUACACACGGCGCAUUGUCGAGUUCCGGAAGCGCAUGUCGGAGACCGUCGAUCGUCUGCAGACAAUUAUGCAGGAUCUCAAUACGGCCAAAGCGACCGAGUCCAAUGUAUUGCCGUUGCCAAUGCCAGAGUUAUCAGUCACUGGCAAGUCCACUGAGCCGGACAUCACGGCGACACCACAACAACAGCAACAGUUGCAACAACAGCAGCAACAACAGCAGCAACAACAACAGCUGCAGGAGCAGGAACAACAUGAGGAGGGAUCCGUCUGGUCCCAGUUUGUGCAAAAUAUAUUGCGCAAAACAACUGUGCAUCGGGUGAAAUUCGAUGAGGCAGUGCUAUUGGAGAAGACGCGCAAAUCUCUGGAGAAGCACGCCCACAAGCAGUUGACCUAUGAACUCUUUAGCUGCCGACGACCGGAAUACAUUGAGACAUUCGCCUAUCGGGAUUAUUAUCCAGAGGCCAUGUAAAUGUUUUAUUCCUCAUCCUCAACGGAACUCAACUCGACGCAACUCGAUCUUAACCUCAGUGGGCCACAUGACUGAUCUGUAGAUACUAUUUACAUAUAUAUUAUAUUUAUAUAUAUAUAUUUAUAAACAAAAAUAUAUAUAGUUAAGUGGAUUUUGAAUUGA